AUGCCGCCUUGUCAGACAUGCCUCAGCCAUGGGGUGCAGGGCGAGGCGCUCACUGGCCGGGCCUUCUGCGCCGCGCAUGGGGGUGUCUCCAGCCUGGCGACAGCCGCUCGGUCGCUGGCUUUGCCUCCGGGCCUGGCGCCUCCCGUGGAGCUGCACGUGGCAGCGGUCGACAGCACGGGCGCCACGCAGGCUGUGGAGGCCUUGCGCAUUGACGCGGACGAGGACGACGAGAUGGCACAACUGGACGCGAUCGAAGUUGACGACGAGGACAUCAGGACGACGACCGCCGCUGCUGUCGCUGCCGUUGAUGCGGUUGCCGCCGGGACCGUCACGCCCAACCCUGCGUCCAUCCCUUUACUGUUGCGGGGCCAGGUGUUCCAGCAGUGGCUGGACCAGGAGGUCCUCCAUCACUUCGAGCUGGUGCAGGCCUGCGCGCUUGCGGCGGCGAGCCCGGCGGCCCUCGCCGUGGAGUACCCUUGCAACUGGGCUGCGUUGCACACUAUCCUCAAGAAGCUGGGCUACGCCGAGGCCGCCCCCGACCCAUGGCAAUCCCUCGGCUUCGCGAGGAAUGACGGUCCCGAACCUUCUGCCCAGAGCGUGGCUGCUCGCGCACGCACGGCGAUUCAGCUGUGCGAGCUCAGCCGCAAGGCCAACUGGUCAGAGGCGGACCGGGCGAAGGCCGAGGCUGCUUUGCAGCACUUCUCCGCCGCCUCGGAUACUUGCACCACGGAGCUCCCGGACGUCUUGCGGGAGAGUCGCCGCGUGCGGACUGGUAAACUACCAUUGUGGAAGGAGGUGGGUAAGGAGGCUCUGGAGAUGCUUCGGCAGUGCGCUGGGGGGCAGGACGUGUGGUUUCUGACGCAGUGGUCAAGUAUUUUGUCUUCCCCUCAGCCCGGCGCCUGGGAUGUGCACAGCACCCGCGCCGCCGCCACGCUGUUGGAGAAGGGCGACGAGAACAUCUGGGAGCAGCUCGCGGACAAGCACGUCGUGGCCUGGAUCCCCGAGGACCCCAAUGCGACCUCUCGCUGCCGGGCCUCGCUACUUCGCCGUGUCGCGGCGGGCCAGAAGCCGGCAUCCUUGAAGCUGAUCGCGCCGCUCCCUCUUUUCCUGGGCGCGCACAAAGUGGGGACGAUUUUGGACAACUGGUGGAGCCCAUUGCUGGGGGAGUCAUGGGCUCCGCUGGUACGACGUUGCGAGUUUUCGGAUUACCCGAUGGAGCUCAUUCUUCCGGGCCCGACCACGCCGCGACAUGCCAAGAUGGGCCUGGCUGUUUUCACCAUCGCUUUCUCACGCGAGCGUGCAGCACCGACUAUGCUCAAUUUUCGCCCCCCGCUGCUCCAGACUGAGGCUGCUGCCACCCCGGUCACGUUCGACAUGCGGGCCGAGGACGUCAUGCCAUUCUCGAUGCUGAUGCGGCUGCCGCUGAUGGCCGAGGCGAUUUGGCGCAACCCCCGUCGCAGCCCGGCUGCUACGUCCGAGAUCCCGCGGGUCUGCAUCGACGUGCUCUUCCCCAAGAGCUUCGUUGACCUUGACACGAACAUCAUCCUCCAGGAUCUGCGACGGCUCCUGCCUUCGACGACGUUCUUCGGCACGCAGGCGUUGUACUCCGCCGCCGACGCCAUGAUACUGGAGAUCAACAGCGCCUUGGGCUUGCAACGUUUCUGGCCGCUUUGCACCCACCUGCUGGUGGCAAGCAGCAGCAAGGUGCUCCUGCUUUCCGGCUCCAGCGGAGACACCUGGGCGAGCACGAUGGACCGCGUCUUGAUGAGCGACCCGUCCGCCGCCGCCACCCUCCUGCGCUGGAAGCCCUCCCGGGGGGGGCGGAAAGUAGCAACGCCCUCCGCCACCACCAGAGCCCUGACGGCCACGCGGAAGAAGGCUCACAAGCCCCCUGCGUCGCUGGAUCACCUCACGGAGGUCGUUCUCAACGGCGAGUUGGGCCGGGAACAUGGCGAGGUUGUGCGGUUGCUCCUGACCCACCUUGCGACGACGACCGGCCUUGGCCUCACGGAGAAGGGUGCCGGCAGGACGUUACAGCAUGGCGAGUUCGAGCACAUCCCAUGGCGGCGCUGGCGG